AUGCCAAACUGGGGAGGAGGAGCCAAGUGUCCGGCCUGUGAGAAGUCGGUGUAUCAUGCAGAGGAGAUCCAGUGUAAUGGGAGGAGCUUCCAUAAAACCUGCUUCAUCUGCAGUGAGUUCCCCUCCUCUUCUUCGUCUCUCUGGUGUCACGGUGGAUCAGCAGAAACAAAGAUGAGCUGCAGGAAAGGUCUGGACAGCACCACGAUGGCAGCGCACGAGUCCGAGAUCUACUGCAAGUCCUGCUACGGCAAGAAAUAUGGGCCCAAAGGCUACGGAUACGGGCAGGGAGCCGGAGCUCUGAGCUCGGAUCCUCCCGGACACAACGUGGACCUGCGGCCUCACGAAUCUAAACCCAAACCCGCCACAACAAACUCAGACCCCAGUAAAUGUCAGCAGACGUUCGGGGGGUCGGACCGCUGCCCUCGCUGCUCGAGAGCCGUGUACGCAGCGGAGAAGGUGAUGGGAGCGGGAAAGCCCUGGCAUAAAACCUGUUUUCGCUGUGCACUGUGCGGUAAAAGCCUGGAGUCGACCACAGUGACCGACAAGGAUGGAGAGCUGUACUGUAAAGUUUGCUACGCUAAAAACUUUGGCCCAAAAGGCUUCGGCCUGGGGAACGAGGCCAUGCUGGAGGAGCGGCAGUGA